AUGGAUGAAGCUUAUGCCGUUAAGCAGACGCAAUUUCUAGGGAAAUCCGUGAGUUACGUGUGUCAAAACUUGAAUGGACCGUGUCCACUAUUAGCAAUUGCCAACGUGUUAUUAUUACGUGGACAAUUAACACUCGAGGGGAUCGUUGAACCUCGUGGGUAUGUAAAUGCUUCUAAUUUAAUGCACAUGAUACAUUGUCGACUAUUGGAUACAAAUCCACCUUUGAAAAAUGCAAGUGAAUUACAACGUUUAACACAAGAAAAGACAUUGAUGGAUAUCGUCGAGUUAUUACCAAGUAUGUUGGUCGGUCUUGAUGUAAACGUUCGUUUUCACAACAUUACAGAUUUUGAGUAUACAGUCGCCUGUGCAGUAUUUGAUAUGCUCGAUAUUGUAUUGGUACAUGGCUGGCUACUGGAUGAACAAGAUGAGCUAACAAUGAAAGUGAUAGGGAAUAAGUCGUACAAUGAGUUGAUUGAGCGGUUGGUGGAUUACCGUGGUGUACUUAUGACGGAAAAAGCGAGCAAGAAGGAGGUAUCGGUGGUGGAGAAACAUGAAGACACAGAGCUGUCAUCAGAUACUGAAGUGACACAAUUGGGAGACGAAGAAGAGACGAAACCUGAGGCAGCUUCUACUUCCAGCGGCAGCAGGGGCAAUUCCAACGACAAGAUUUCAGAACCUAUCGAUUGA